AUGAACAACAAAGGUAAUUUAGCUAACGUCCAAAAUCAUUGUUGUAUAAGCUCGCUAGCUAACAGCGGAUACCGUUAGUUAGUUAUCUAAGAAGCUAGACUGCACGGUCUACUUGGCCGACGUCGUUAAUGUUUUCAUUAUGAAUUAGAUAAAUAGCUACAGUUGUUUAAAUCGUGAGUCGACCGGUAAGUAGCCAGCUAGCUUUACAUCUAUGUUGCCAAAUACGUAACGUAAGCUAGCAUUAGCUACAGGCUAAUUAGCGCGUAGCCGCGUACUCUGACCUCACAACCAUGAAUACAACACUAUUCAGCUAGCGAGUUAACAGCAUUAGGACCUGUCAUAGUCACUAUUAUGUAAGUUGGCUAACUGUAUUGUUCUGACUAUAUUAACGUGGCUAGCUAGCCAACUGUAAUCAUUAUAUUGAUUUAGUCUUUUUCUGUUCUGUUAGCCAGCCAUAGGUACAUUUCUUUUGUUAGAACGUCUGUAGUAGGUUAACCUAAUGUUGCAGGCGUAAAAAGACGCCUGAGCGGAGUUCCCAGAUCCGUUUAAGUGGAAACGGAAGUUUGGAUGAAAAUACUGUAUUGUUCCCAUUAGACAACAUAGCCACAAAGUUAAAAUUGGCUAUCGUACAAAUUCAUGGGGGGGGUAUUAAUUUAAGGUUAGCGGUGUGGGUAAGGUUAGGUUUAAAAUCUGAUUUUAAGUAGACAAAAUGUAGAAAUAAACGGGGUUUAUGACUGGCCGUGUUAACUAGUGACGCCCCAUAUUGUAUACCUGAACUGGAAAAAUCCGCUUUCCUCCGACCCCACGAAGAGUGGUCAUAUAUUAACAAUUUAGCCUUCAAUAUUGUUUUGCUAUUGUGUGAAGUUUGAGUAAAAAAAAAAGUGUUGGUAGUGAUAAUAGCAGAAUAUUAUUUUGUGAAUCACAGGUUCCUAUCCCCAGCAAGCUGUGUACCCUCAGCAGAGCAGUGCACCCAUCUACCCCCCUGCUAUGCAAGUGUCUCCCCAGGCACCCCCUUACACAGACGCACCACCUGCAUACUCAGAGGUAACAAGUUUAUUCCAAGUGUAAAUGGUUAUCUACUUUUGUGAAGAGUUUUCACAAUCAUAUCAAUACAAACACUCUGACAGACUGUCUCUAACACUCCCCUUUUCAUUCCAUUACGCCAAAGAUUUAUCAGCCCAGGUAUGUGCACCCAUCUCAGGCUGGCCAGCUACAGCAAAUGGCCCAGUACCCUGGCACUCAGAUGUACAUGCAACUGCCCCAGUCCAUGGCUGUUGGACCAAUGGGCCACAACGUCCCCAUGGCAUACUACCCCAUGGGAGCCAUGUAUCCCCCUGGCUCCACUGUGCUAGUGGAGGGAGGAUAUGACGCUGGUGCUCGAUUUGGGCAAAGCAACAGUGCUUCCAUCCCGGUGAGUAUCCGCAAAACGCCUAAGCUAUAUCAGGGGUGUCAAACUCAAUUCCUGGUGGGUGGUGUGUUUGCUGGUUUUUGUUAUUUCCUUUCAAUUUGUGUCUAAUUAAGACCUAUACAACCAAGUGAGGGGAAAGUCAUCAAUAACCUUAAUAAGUACAAGGGAGGAGCCUAGUAUACUGCCUGUGUCAUUAACAAAUAUUGGUAAAGUUACUCAUGCAUGUGACUUUCUUUCCCACUCACCUAAACACAUCACAGCCCCCACCUCCUGGCCACAUGCCUAAUGCAGCUCAACUGGCCGCCAUGCAGGGUGCCAACGUCAUGAUGACACAGCGCAAGAACAACUUCUUCAUGGGUGGCUCCAAUGGUGGGUACACCAUCUGGUAA